AUGCAUUGUAUGAUCAUUGCCUGUUUACUAGCCGUAGCUGCUCAUCUCGUGAGCAGCUACGAGCUCGUUCCGUUCACCAAAGUUGCCUUCGCAACCGAAAGGAGAGCAGUUUGUAUGGACGGGUCACCGGGCGGCUACCAUCACUCGGCCGGAUCAGGAGAUGGAGCCAGAAAUUGGCUCCUCUAUCUCAUGGGAGGAGGAUGGUGUGCAGACAUUGCUACAUGCCAAAGCUACUUCAAUAUAACUAAAGGGAGUAGCAGAUUCAGCCGAUUCGAAAAUUUCACAGGGAUUCUUAGCCCAGACAAACACAUAAACCCCGAUUUCUACAACUGGAACCGAAUUUACGUGGUCUACUGUGACCAGUCGUCCUUUCUCGGAGACAGUGAAGUCGAUGGCCCAGUUCAGUUCAGAGGGUCCAAGAUAUUUGAUGCUGUCGUGGAGGACCUUUUGGUCAAAGGAAUGGCAAUUGGAAAAAAUGUAAUUCUUUCGGGCAGAUCCGCGGGGGGCCUAGCGACCAUCCUUCAUUGUGACGGCUUUCGAGCGUGUCUCCCCAUUGCCUGCGGGGUGAAAUGCCUUUCGGAUGCUGGAUUUUUCAUCCGAGCGUAA